CACCAGGCGACAGCGACAGGUCUAAUUCGGCGGGCGGUUGAUCAUUACUUGUACUUAGUUGUAAGUCAUUAUCGCUACAACUUGUGUUUACGCAUAACGAUGCAAAUUUGUGCAAUUGAUUGGAAAGAGUAGAUAACCGGCACCGCUUUUGCGCCCGCAUAUGUUCUUUCUGGCAGUAACCCCAUCUGCCUGAUGCAUCUAAUAGGACGAUCGUCACAUUUUUCUUUUCAUUUAUGUUGUAGACGGCAAAAGUGGAUCUUCGACAGUAAGUGAAGAGAGGAGGCUCACCUUAAAGCUGUUUUUUUUGGCAAAAAAGGAGUGAGCUAUGUUUCACGCACAAAAAUGAUGGCCACAGCUGCGAGCACGGCAACCUUGUAGAUCGCUCCCCAUUUCGUUCCCACGAAAGAAUAAUGAACAAGGCGACGGCGCAUAUUGUCUGUAGAUAGCACAGCUGUAAUCGAUCCCCGGAACGGCUUAGUAAGUAGACGAACGCUCGAUAUCAACUUCGAAGCAUACGCAAAGCAGAGUGGUUCAUCUGAUACGACCACAACACAACAACAUCUUCAAUUUGCGCGGUAGAAGAGCGAAAUAGGAGGCAGUACUUACAACUAACGAUCACGAUCAUAACUACAUGUCAAAACGACACUCUCGACACAGACUAGCUGCACGAGAACGCGACAAUAUCGACACAUCAACAUCAAGCACAGCAAUUUCUAGUAGAAUAUUUAUCUUUAUUCCACCAGGUGGAGCGGUUUUAAGUGAGUAGAUCGAUGUCCUCGCUCUACUAAAUCCCCUUCUAGUACCAGUAGAUGUUGCGCACUCACAAGUAUUGUGAGAUCUGCCGAGAUGAAGGCGAUUUGGAUAUACGGUGUAACGCCUGCGGCGGAGGCUUCCACGCCUUCUGCUAUGCCCAGACCUAUGACCCGAGCCGGCUCAAGCUCGCUCCAGAGGCGUUUACGUGCGAGCCGUGCCACGCUCGUCACGGCGACAUGUUCUGCACUGCUUGCAAGGCGACUUUUGACCUAGCGAACGAACCUAGGGAAAACAUCCAGAAAUGCCCAGGAUGCAGCAAGCAGGUGCAUUUGAGCUGCGCCGAGCGGUUUGGACUGAUGGUCGACACAAGUCGUGGCCAGCUUGUGAGCGAGUGUGGUGCAGCACCAGUGUCCGCAGAACACUUGAUGUGGGUAUGCACGCAGUGUACGGCGAGAAUAAAGAUGAAGAUUCGCAGAGAAACCACAAUACAGCACGGUCGAAUAGUGAAAAAAGAUGCGGCGAAAGACGCGGCAAAUAACGCUGCUUUUCAAUUGCAUCAGGCGUUUUGUGAAGUGUGUCAAAAAGGGGGAAAGCUGCUCUUGUGUGACACCUGUCCGAAGAGCUAUCAUGCGACAUGUAAUGCUAAAUACUAACUUAUUUUUCAUCUCUCGACCUUAAAUUUUUCUUGUUCUGAACAACUUUGUUGUCGUUCAUUCGUGAUAUUCGUUGUGGACUUUCACUUUCGACGUUUAAACGUUUUGGACCUUCACUCCUAAAAUCCUAUGCAACAACAUGAAAAUACUUAACUUUGUAGCCGCAAAAAUAGCAACAACCCACGACGACCCACAAUAUCCACAAUAUCAACACAGGCAUCGAGCACAUCGCCUCCUUAGACGCAGUAGGAACCGGUUCAGAAUGGAAGUGUCCUGUUUGUCUCGGGGUAGACCUGUACAACAAUCCCGACGCUGUGCGUCUUUCAGAACGAGAACUCGAAGAGAGACUAGCCAUGCGCAAUCAGCAUAAUGGUCGUCGCAUUAGAUGGGUCACGAAGCGACGGAAUCAGUGGCUCUCCACACUGAUGUCCCAAAUCCAGCCUUUUAUCGGGAAAAACGUGGCUAGUACAUUGCACCGAGACCGAAAUUUCGCUGACAAGCACUUCCGGAUGGGCGACGUGGUGAGAGUGACACCGCCAAGAGACGAAAUAGGAGCGGCGUUUAUCUUCAAUCAAGACGCUGUUGCUGUUCUUGGGGGAGAAGGAGGAGACAAAGAACAAGAGGAAGGAACUGUCGGAGGCACAGCAGUAACAGAGCCUUUCAUCGGCACAGUUUUGGAGGAGGCCAGCAUGAAUGAGGAGAACAUGCUCACCGUCGUGAACCACGAGAACCCCAAGAGCAUCAUCAAAGUCAAAGAAAAAUGCGGCGUUUACCUCUGCUCCGCCAGUCAGCAACGAACAAGGUAUCCAUGUAACCCAAAAGAUGCGUCCGUGUUCCUGGCGAGGACGAAGAAUGGAAUGGACUUUUUGGCGGAAGGAGUGCAACUGAAGGAUUACCAAGUGCGGGGUGUGGAUUGGGUAACAAGGAGUUAUUGCGAUCGAGGUGGCUGCAUCUUGGCGGACGAUAUGGGUCUGGGAAAGACACUCCAGGCCCUAGCCUUUUUGGCGUACUAUUUUUUGAUUUAAUAUUCGAAGAGCUGCGCCAAGGAUCAGCCAUCAGGAUGAUAGAUUAUUAGCGGUUCCGAAUUUCUUCUACUCUCAAACCUUUAUUCUGCUUGUUUGCAUUUUGGUUUUGUUUAGAAGUAUAACCUAUAGUGUAUGGGUAUGGUAUAAUAACAUACAAAUGGAAGUUGUUUCGUAUGGGUAUGUACGGGUCGUAUAAAGGGAAGUUUCCACCUUUAUGAAGAUCUUCAAAUUUCCAAACAGGAACCUCCAUCACUCCGGCGGUGCUGGUCCGCAUUUGAUAAUUGUGCCUUAUGCAGUCGUAGGCAAUUGGUUGCGCGAGUGCAGAAGAUUCACCCCGCAGCUGCGCGUCGCGAAAAUCAGCGGAGAUAAGCGAGAACAAGAAUGGACAUUGGACAAUCUGGAGGUCCGAUAUGGAGAACGCGAUCUCUACAUCACGACCUACGAAACGCUGGUCAGCAACGAGGCGUUCUUUGCGGGGAUGGUACUAAAUCUUCUGAAGAAGUAAACUUAGAAGAUAUCUUCGAGACAACGAACUGUUACUGUUCAUCUUCAGGUUCAUUCUACUUACAAUUAACUACAAGUACCACUUUUAGUUUUAGUGCAGCGUCGCGGUCGCGGAUCGGAUGAUCAUGUUCAAGAUGAAGUGAACUUGAUUACAAUUUCCGAUUUGGUAUCUAAGUUCAUCCAAAGGAUAUUCCUCCAAUCAUGAUACCGGAACGUACAUCUAAACAAGGUCUGGCAAACAGUCACUCCCAAACAACAACAAGGUCUGGCAAACAGUCACUCUAGACGAGGCCCACCGCAUCAAGAACCAGAUCGGGCGUGUCCGUAUGGCCCUUGGUCAUAUUGAGACGUCUUUCCGCUUACUCCUCACUGGUACUCCUUUGCAGAAUAACAUUCAAGAGUUGUUCGUGCUGUUGAACUACCUGUGGCCAGACGUUUUGCAGGAUAGCAAGACCUUUGAAGAGGCGAUCAGCUUCGAGAAUGCAGCUAAUAUCGCUGCUAAGAAGGAGAAGUUGGACGCACUAAGACAAAAAGAGCUCGAAGCAGGUUUGGCGAAUCCGGAGAGCAGCAUCGGCCAAGAGGAGGAGGAUUUGGCGUUGGAUAAUGCUGGUAUAAUCUAAAAAAAAAUUGAAUUGCGCAUUUGAUUUUGAGGUUUAAAAGUAAGUUCACACAUCAUUGCAAAGACAAUGUCAACGCACAUAAGUAUCUGAUAAUGAAUAGACAUGAUAAAGUACCCACAACAACAGUGCUGUCAACUAGAACGCAUUUAUUUAUAUUUUCAUCUAGAUAAUUCAGUACAUUAUUCUUUUCCGAAGAUCAAGAUCAAAAAUUUCACAAUGUGCGCGACCUCCCCAGGUUUCACGACGAACAAGCAGCUCUUAGACAAGGUUCGUGGACUCCUAGAGAAAUUAAUGCUAAGGAGGACAAAAGGUGAAGUCCUACGGCUGCCUCCAAAGCAGAUCCACAAUGUCUGGCUGCCUAUCAACCCUAUCGGCGUAUUCUGGGCUAGGCUCAUCUACCGAUGCCACGACGAGUUGAUCGACCGAAGGAAAAACCAACAGGGGUUGCGCAUGCUGAUGAGUUUGCUGUUGAAGAUUCGUCUCAUUUGCUGUCAUCCGCGUGCAUUGAUGCGAUCUAAAACGUCAGGUGGAAUGUUCGACGAAUUCGCUUCUGCAGCUAUGUGGGGCAAUCCACAGAAGGCACUCGAAGAUUUGAGUGGGGAAGCGCAUGCUCUCUCAAGUAACAAGGUGAUUUUCUUAGACAAGGUUUUGACCCAGUGCUACUGUGAAAACGUCGCGAAAAUACCUUCCUGGAAAGCGACGCACGAGAAGAACAAAACUUCACGGCCAACAUCUUGCGAAGCAGACGAUGUCUCGACUUGCGUGGAGAAUUUAGACCUGUACUUGGACGUGAUGCGAACAUGGGUCCACGGUUCAGCGACACCAGGAACAGGACCAAUGACGACUUCUGCAGGGGCAGGUCCCAGUGCGGAGUCUUCAACAACGACGCAGCCACUAGAUGUUGUAAACCUUCAAGCAACUACAGGAGCAACUUCUGCAGGAGAACAAGUAGAAGGAGGUUUAGAUCUUGGCAGUGGGACAGGUGACGUUGAAAUGGCAGAUGUCGCUGGAGCGGUUCCACCAGCCGUUGCAAUCGCGAGGACAAAAGAACACACAAUUAUAGGUGGAGCUUCUUCUUCAUCUUCUAGCAGUAGUGCUGCUGCUCCUAGUACAACAGUCUUGUCCUCUAGUAGUAGUACAACAUUCAAGCCUCACAAGAUCAUUCUUUUCACGCAGUUUCAGAUGGUCUUAGACGAACUAGAAACUUAUUGUAAGUUUCGCCGUUGGAAGUAUUUGCGGUUAGACGGCUCUACGAAUAAGGUGAUCCGGGAAUUGGACGUGAAGGAAUUCAAUAGUCCUGACAGCCAGCAUCUGAUCUUUCUGAUGUCCACCAGGGCUGGCGGAGUCGGGAUCAAUCUCCAGAGUGCGAAUUUCGUAGUCCUCUUCGACCAAGAUUGGAACCCGCACAUCGACACGCAAGCCAUGGACCGAUCCCACAGAAUAGGGCAGGAUCGCGCAGUCACGGUCUACAGAUUGCUGACUGAGUGGACGGUGGAGGAGCGCUUGGCACAUCGUUGUGAACAGAAGAUGGGCUUGAACAAGGCUUUGAUCGAUGACGAGGGUGGGCACGAAGCAUCCGAUGAAAAGCUGUCGUUGCAAGAGAUUUUGGCGUUUUUGAAGCAUGGUCGCAGAGUCUUAACAGAACAGUUUGAAGGCGAAAGCCUUUCCGACAAGAGUAUUACGCAAGUCUUGACGCGCGCACAUCAACCAUUGCCAGUAGCGGACUCCCCGGAAAGUAGUGAGGAAGAAGGUUCUGCUGGAGGACCAGAAAACCUAGUAAUGAGUGUGAACGAAGCGAUGAUGGCUGAGGGGAGUGGGCCGGCAGGUUUCGUCCCAGGAGCCGCGAAUGGACACUACGGCAACCAGGUACCGAUGAUGAGUCCAUCCAUACCAGAGAGUAGUCCCAUUGGAGGUGAUAGCUCUGCAGUGUCUUCAGCAAGUAGUUCAUCUGCAACAGCCGGGGCGGCUAGUAAUGGAAAUACAAGUAGACUAGUCCUGGCGAACAACAACGCUCAAACAGCAGCAAUGAUGUUGAACGGCAGUACCAAGGGGGUGAAUGGGAAAGUCGGAGUGCCUCCUGGGAUGAUUCCACAACAAUUCCUCAACAAGGGCGUUCAUCCAGCUAAUGGUUUCUUUCCACCAGGAGCAGGUGGCGUUGUUCCUCAAGGACAGGGUGUUUUUCCCAUGUUUCCUCCUGGCACGAUGAAUAGCAUGAUGGGUGUGAAAGGAGCUCCUGGUCUUCCACCUGGAGGAGCAGGCUUUCUUCCUCAAUACUCCCCCCCAUCCUCCUUCGGGGCACAACAGCAGAUGCUUCUAGCAGCAAACAGCAAACGAAGUAAAGCUGGGGCCUUACAACCUCUCGCUGCGCAGAUGUCUCAAGCUGGCGUGCGAGCGACGACAUUCGAGACCAGGGACGACGGGAAGGUCGUGCGGCGGUCUACAAGACAGCGUAAGCCGACUGCAAGGUUUCAGCCUCCACCGCCGACCGUGGAGGAACCGCAGAGAAAACGCACAGUGUUCUCGUUCAAAUAUGACAGGGAUUGCUUCGUAUGCAAACAAGCGACUUUGGACGCUAGUGGAGAGCCAAUCUGUAAAGAGGCAAAGAUGGUUCCGGUAGUCGUCCCGCUGGAAGUACAACAAGCACAAGCGGCUUCGGCAGCUGCUGCAGCGAGAAGACUUGGUGGACUUGGUGCGGGUACUACGGGUACAGCAUCUAGUAGUUCGUCUUCAACCUGCUUUGCUGGUGGAGAUAUUCAUCUGGGACAGCAACCUCAACAACAACUGCUUGAAGAUGUGACUCCUGCUCCUCACCCUGGGAUGACUAGUUGUAUCACAGCAACAUCCUUAUCGAAUACUGUAACUCCAGGAAUGACGCCAGGAGCAGCAAACGGACAACUCUUAGAUCAAGACGCCAACAUGUCGUCCAUCUGCACGCCCGCACUAGAUGACGUUUCUCUCGAAGGUGGUCCCUUCUCAAUACCCACUAGUAGUGCUACAGGAGAAACUACAGCUAAUUCUUUUUCCCAGCUGCAUCAGCCUCAAGCGCAACAAUUGCCUUCCUCUUCACACGAAGAUUCUCAGCUCCUCGGUGGUUCUUUUACGACUGGCGGAUCUACUUCUAGUAGUUCCUCAGCAAAGCCUAAGUACAAGAAGGACCUCUCUGAAGUGACGCUGAUCUGCUCCAAAUGCCCUAGGACGUACCACGCGAAGUGCCAAGGCAUCACAGGCACACUUCCCAAGACCUUCAUAUGUUCGUGGCACGAGUGUUUAUGCUGUCGGAGAAGGGCGAACGACGUUGGAGGAAUGCUAGUACAGUGCGUGGCGUGUCCGAAGGCGUACUGCAUCGACUGUUUCCCCCAGAGCUUUCGACGAGUGUAUCCAGAGGACAGCUUUUUUAACAGGUACUUUUUUUACGUUUAUUAGGUUUUCUUCUUUUUGCUCGUACGUCGUUCUUCGUUUUCUCCUAAGUAUUAAACUGUUAAAAACUACAAGUUCAAGUACGAUUAGUCUAAAAAGAUUAAGAGUCAAAAUGGAAUGACUGACACUGCUCUGAUUCAAAGAAGAUGCUCGAAUUCGCUAGAUCAUGCUAAAUUCACUCGUCACACUUUCCAGGUUGCAAAAGCAAGGUUGGGAGCAUGCCAAUCGAGAACGGAUGGUCAACUUCGAGUGCAAUGACUGUCGCCUGUUGCGCGAACAGGAGGAGUCCAAGGCGCUUAAUUUAGAAGACGCCAAAAAACGCGAGAAGGAAGCGAUGGCCGAAGAGAGGAAACGUUUACGGGAAGAAAAGAAGAUGACCGAGAAAACCGCACGCGCACAGGCCAAAGCUGAACAAGAAGAGUUGAGGUUAAAAAAGAAGGAGGAGGAAGCGCAACGGAAAAAGAAUUCAAAAGGUACUAGUGGAGGAGCUUUUAGUGGUAAAUUUGAAAGCAUCGCUAGUACCUCUGCUGGUCCUGGCGGUUCAAACUACACCCUGUCCAACGACAUUCUCAAAGUCGAGUGGCCUGCACUCACGUUAAGAGAAAUGCGGAAUCACUGGCUCGACAUGCGGCAGAAAUUACGCGAAUCCUUGCCCCAGAUCGUAGAGCGCAUGUUUCCUCCCGCGAUAAAAAAGCGACUUCAGCUCUUUCGUGCGGACAAGAACGACUUAACCUGCUUCGACAAGGAUGCGGAAGCGGAGGACAAGUACUAUCCCAGUAAGGAAAGUGCCUAUCACGGCAUUUCUUUGGACUUGUUGAAGCGGCACUUGUUCGACAUGUACUUCGAGCCGGAGGGAGAUGACUUCUCGCUAGUGGCGCAACAUGUAGAACACGCGAAGGGAGAGCAGGAAAACGAUAGCGAGAUAGCGAAGACGACGAAUUUCAUCCAGCUUCCUAGUCUCUGCUUCAAGUGCAGCUUGCCGGGACACAAACAGAAGGCCUGUCCGAGACCUACUGAACAGGUACUUAUAUUUACACUUUGUGAGUGUCUUUGCCUUUGGAAUUCUAGGGUUCUUGUAUUCAACAUUUGAUUUCAUCGAAGAUCCUUCCUAUGUAUCGUUUAAGAAGUUGUACCUAAGUAACUAAGCAUAAAUUUAAGUGCACAAGCUCUCCCGAUCAUCAUGAUUUUCGAAAAACGGAACUUCACCAGGUGAACAAACUUACUCCCGGCGCCGCCAAAAAACGCUACUUGUGUCCUGUCUGCGACCGUGCGCACAAGAUGGUCUCUUGUCCAGUGCUGAACGAAGACCAGCGCAACGACUACAUCUCCUUCUUCGGGAAAGCUUCGACCUUCCUCAACAGCCUGGUAGACGAGCAAGGCGAGCCCAGAAUAGUCCAGCCCUAUCUUCCCAGUUACGACGAGCUGCACCUGGAUCAGGCAUGUAGGGAAAUCUGCACCCAAAUCGCAACGACAGUCCUGUAUCCGAAGAUGCUGGAAGUGGGGUUGGGCGAGUACAUACUCGCGGGCCAAGAUGAUGAAGCAGCAGAUGCUGGGAGUCCUGAGGACGAGGGAGAAGGAGAUAUUAAUGCUGACGAAGGAAAGGAAGAAGGAAAGGAAGAUCAGGCAGGAAGUAGUAAAGACAAUACAGUUCUUGCAGCUAAUGCUAAAGGACGAGGUGGAGGUGCUAAAGCAGGAGCUAAAUCAACGGGUUCAUCUUCUGCUAGUUCAUCUUCUGCUACAACUGCAUCCAAGGCAAAUGCGAAAAAGAAAGCCGCACCAAAGGAGACGACGAGAAAGAGAGGGAAACAGGCAAAAGAAGCUGAACCGAUCUUGACGAAGCGACAGAAACUGCUACAAGAGGAAGGUACCCCUAGCACUUCUACCAAAAAAACCUCCAAUAUGUUUUUAAUGAAGAAAAACACUUCCAAAGGAGCCUCAGCCUCUUCUAGCGCAUCACCUUCUCAACAAAUAAAGGCUUCAAGUAGUCAACAAAAUGGUAGUGCUGCUGGUGCCCUCGAUAGUGGAGGCUCAGCUAGUGGAGUACUGGAUAAAAAGAGAGGUUCAAAAAUGAAAAAAGCAGCCGCAAAAAAGAAAUGAUCACUUUUCUGGAGUUUUACUCUUCUUUUCUCCUAUUGGCGUAUACUUCGGGAUGAAUGCAGUGGUCCUUUUAGUGGCUUUUUUUUGAAUUCAUCUUUGCUUGUGUUAAAGCACUUUCACGAUCGCGAAGUUGUCAAUUGAUUUUCUGUUGAAGAAUGUUAGCCUAGUGCUGCCUAAUUGAGUCUACUACCAGUUGACAUUGUAAUCGAUGUUAACUGGGUUGCAUUGUUAAGCUUGAGUGGUUUUUAAUACUAGAUAUUCUAGUCUUAUCAGCUUGCAGAAGCAGAAGGUGGCGCAGCAUUUUCAACGAGUUAUUGAUUCUUCUUUGCCGGGAUUUUUUGUUCGGUCUUGAUUAUCCUUAAGAUGGUUUUCGCUUAUUUUUUCCGCAACAAGCCGAAGCCGUAAGUCAAUGGUGAAGACAGCUGUACAUGAAAAUCUUGGAAUUUUCUAUCUUCUUCGUGACCCUCUCAACUUUGAAAUUCCAAUCCAAUGAUUCCUUUUCUUUCUACUUGUCAGAACAAGUGGGUCCUCUUGUUUGAACUAUGUUUCUUUCUUUUCUUUUCCUCACUCGCUUCUCACUUUCCUCAAAAUAAAGUAAAAUUUAAUGAAAAUCAUGAGUGGGUGCUUCUGUAGUUUGCUCUAUGUUUAUAUUUGACUUCGUACAUACAUAGAACACAAGAAUAAGCAACAAGCGCAGCUAGGAGGUGCAACUAAAUAAGCAGUUUUGUUCUUCCAUGCUGUCGUGUUCGCCAUAGCAUUUUUGUCAGAGAAAUCACUUACAAGUCGUGCAGAGGGAGAGGGAGAGAAAGAGAUCAGGCGUAAAAAAAGGAGAAGAUGAGAGUGGAUGAAACUUGAGUGAUUGUGAUUUCCCCCCCAAUUGAAUAUUACAGAAGAAGUGUUUCAGCAGUUCUCCUCUGCCCCCAAAGCCGAAGCAAAUUAGAUCAGGUUUUGUAAAAGUAGCCCUUGUUUUGAAAAUAUUAGGUAAGCUGACCGCAGCAGAAGUCCGGUUUCGGCCAGGUGGAAUCGACCCAGGAGCGAGCCAAAACACGCAAACAGACUCUAAAAUAAGUGGAGGAACUACAAUAAUCAAAAAGAUUAAGAUUCCACAAACAUCAGCGACAACAGGAGCAUCGUCUUCAACAACUCAACAAGGAGUACCACACUUUGUACAGCAUGUAGCUGCAGGGCCAGCCGCGCAACAUCCAUUCCAUCAGGGACAACUAAACCGACAGCAGAUCAUCUCCGGUAUACCUUUUCAACAUCAGUCUUCUUCUUUUUUCCCCUUCGGCAUGGGGGUCGUUCCGCAGCACCAGCAACACAUGAUGAUCGAUCCGAAUCUGGUGGGUGCUAACCUGAUACUGCCAAAUGUAGGGUUAAGAUUCUGAUACUGCCAAAUGUACUUACUUAAGUAGUAGGGUUAUAAGAUCUACAACUGUGAAAGUCCAUCUAGAGCAGGCCAGGACAAAAUAUUAGUUGAGUAUCAUUGAUUUUCAUAUUCUUCUAAGUCUUGUAGAAGGAAACCGGAUGGCAACAUCGCCAUGAGGCAACGGUAACUGUAUGAUCUCUAUCUUCUCUAAAAAACGCGGGCCUCCAGUACAAUCCGGCAGUCGUGCAUCCACAAAUCCUGGCUAAUCCUAACCUGCAGUUCUACAAUCCGAUGCAACAGCAAGGUGGGAAGAAUGGGAAAGGCUAG